CCAAGAGAGCGGUAUCGCUAAUCGCUCAUCUAUUGUGUGUAGUAGCUAUUGCGCCUGUAACAUUCAAAUUUACGGGAGACCAGUUUGGAGUGCUGUUUAACUAGGAUUUUGUUUCUGUCAGCGUCCCCCCUUAGACCGAAUUCCUUCUCUAGUAAAUGGGCGUGGUUUGCUUCGGUUGUUUUUAAUGAACAGGAGGUCCCUCAGACCAAUACCAGUGCCAAACCGCUUGUCAAAACGCAUGCGUAGUGAACGUGCGGAGAAAAUUAAAUUUCCAAACUAUAAGAAGUUGUAGCGGGAGCAGCGUGGUCGCAGUAGCAACACAAAGCUUGUAUCAUUAGGAUUUUGGUACCGGACCAUGUGGAAAAUCAUGCAGGAGAAUUUGGAGGAUCUUACUAGUCCCAAUCUAUGGCGCUCCGUAGCUGCCGAGUUGGUGGGAACUAUGUUCUUAGUGUUUUUCGGGUGUGCCUCAGCCCUACCCCAGCAAUCCACCGGGGGUAUGUCGGGCACAGACUUAAUAGCCAUGCCCCCUUCUACCGUCCAGAUCUCCCUUACCUUCGGUUUAAUUGUUGGCACAAUGGUUUGGGCCAUCGGUCACAUUAGCGGGGGUCACAUCAACCCCGCUGUCACCAUCGGAGCCCUUGUCACAAGGAGGGUCAGCAUUGUCCGUGGACUUAUGUACAUCGUGGCCCAAAUCCUGGGGGGAAUGGUAGGGGCCGGCAUUCUGUACGGCCUCACCCCCAUGGCCGCUCAGGGAACCCUAGGAGUAAACGCCCUUAAAGGCGAAGUCACAGACGCCCAGGGUUUCGGUGUGGAGCUUAUGAUUACAUUCGUGUUGGUUUUCACGGUAUUAGCUUCCAUUGACAGUGAUAGGAAAGAUUUGAACGGAUCUGCCCCCUUGACCAUUGGUCUUGCGGUUGUAGCUGGACAUUUGGUGGCCAUCCAAUACACCGGAUGCAGUUUGAACCCCGCCAGGAGUUUCGGCCCAGCAGUGGUAACCGGUAAAUGGGAUAACCACUGGGUUUUCUGGAUUGGACCCCUCGUCGGAGGAUUUUUAGCUGCCAUCUUGUAUGAAUACCUCUUUUCUGCCGGUGCUACCUUCUCCCGAACACGAAAGUUCUUGAUCAGAAGCCGAAAAUCCAAGGAGAAGCCAGCAUCUGAUGAGAAGGUCGAGAUUAUCGAGAUCGAGAUGAAGAAAGAUGCAGAGCCAGAACCGGAAGCAGAUGUUGAGGCGGCGCAAGCGGAAGUUCAAGAUGAUGAGCCCCUCAUUGACGGUAAACCAGCUAGCGAGUAACUGAUCACAGAUCAAGCGCCCAAGAGCCAUAGAUCAGCUCAACAAAUGAUCUGAUUCAAGAAUACUCUUAGUUCCAGUCGAAGAAUACUCAUAAGAUGAUGAUGGUGAAGAGAAAGGUAUAUAUUUUUAUAUACAUGUAAAUUAGGUGUUUGUGAAUUAUGGUUACAUUUGUGCAGAACAAUAAUUUGAUGUGUUAACAUUUUCUUGCCGAGUAUUUGCUAUAAAGACUGACUCAUUGAUAUAUAACAACAGCAUAUGUUUCAUAUUAAAUAUCAAUAAUUGUUUAUUUCAAUUUCAAAAAUAUUUGAUUCGGUAUUAAAGAUAUUAAGUUAUUAAGUUCUGUACCUUAUAUCCAAAUAUAAUGAAUGACAAUGAAAUCUGUCCGGUGUUUUUAAUGUAUCAAGUAUUUUUAAUUUUUAAUGGUGGACAUUUUUUGUAAGAAUAUAUAUUGUGUUCUAAGAAUUGUACUUGUAUUAUUGGGAACAUUAUUCGAAAGCCAAUUCGCCUUUCGAGCGGUUGGAACGGGAGUUAUGUGUAAUAAAUUUACCACCUGUCAUUAUAUUCGUAAUGUACAGACACUUUGAAAUGUUCCAAAAUGGCAAAAACUAUUUUCUGUUUUCAUUUUAUUUUCUUUUAUUUUUAUUGCAUACAAUUUUAUCAUAUGCAUUUCAUUAAGUGACCUUCUUCUACUAAGCUUAUUUUUUUUUGAUAAAUUUUACACUAAUGAAAUUCAAUCCAUGUGUUUACAAAUAAGAUUAUAAUUAAGGUAUCUAUGCAUGUUAUUAUAACGACGAAAAUUCAUAUUAUUCUCAUUUUAAAUGAAAGAUUAAUAUAAUUCCUAUAUCUUAAUCUCACAAUACAUUGUACAUCGUGCAGUGAGCGACAUUAUUGUAUAACAGUCGUUAUUUAAAUGCCAGCAUUAUCUUCAUUACGUAUAUCUAUAAAUAUUUGUAUAUGUAUUUUAUAUCCCGAUGUAUUUUGUCUUUUAGCUAUCUGGUGCCAAUUUAUUUUCUAUGUGCCUUUCGAAAGCUCACUCCGAUUGGUCAGUUCCCGUCCCAUUCGGAUCCAAUAAAAUGACACGUGAUACAAUAGUGUUCCUAUUGUUUUAGGCUUGUCAGGUCAAAGUUCACGUUCCGAUAAUAUUGUGUUGGCGGGGUAAAUUUUACAAACUAAUUCGAGUGGAAUGAAAACUGACUUAUAUCUCGGAAGUGGGAUUUCGAAAACGGACAUUAGAUUUCUAUGUACAUUGUAUAUCGUUUGUAUGAUAUUACCUCAGUUACAUGUUAAAUGGCCCAGGUGUGCCCUUGAACAUUUAGAUUUUGUAUUGUUUAUCAAAUUGCAUUAAGUGUAAAUUCAUGAUUCAUUAAAGAAUUACUAGUCUGUAGAAA